AUGUUGAAUGAAGAGAUGAUGUGUAACAACCCUUGCCAUUUACUCACCCCACCGUGUUUUACCGAGGAGGAUAAAUACAGUCUUGAAGCACUUCGCACAAUUCACAAACAAGUGGAUGACGACAAAGAUGGUGGUAUUGAGGUAGAGGAAAGCGAUGAGUUUAUUAGAGAAGAUAUGAAAUACAAAGAUGCUUCCAACAAACACAGCCACUUGCACAGAGAAGACAAACACAUCACCAUUGAAGAUCUGUGGAAACGCUGGAAAACAUCUGAAGUUCACAACUGGACGCAAGAAGAGACGCUUCAGUGGCUGGUGGACUUUGUUGAACUUCCUCAGUAUGAGAAGAACUUCAGAGAAAGUAAUGUCAAAGGAACCACAUUGCCUAGGAUAGCAGUUAACGAACACGCAUUUAUGAUCUCUCAGCUGAAAAUCAUUGAUCGGAGCCACAGGCAGAAACUUCAGCUGAAGGCCCUGGAUGUUGUUUUGUUUGGACCUCUUACACGGCCACCUCAUAACUGGAUGAAAGACUUCAUACUCACAGUUUCCAUUGUGAUUGGUGUGGGCGGCUGCUGGUUUGCAUACACUCAGAACAAGACCUCGAAAGAGCACGUCACAAAAAUGAUGAAAGAUUUGGAAAGCCUUCAGACAGCCGAGCAGAGCCUGUGUGAAUUGCAAGAGAGGCUUGAAAAAGCACAGGAGGAGAACCGGACUGUCGCUGUAGAAAAGCAAAAUCUGGAGCGCAAGAUGAUGGAUGAAAUUAACGAUGCAAAACGGGAAGCCUGUCGUCUGAAAGAGUUGAGGGAAGGAGCCGAAUGUGAGCUCAGCCGGCUUAAGUAUGCAGAAGAGGAGCUGGUUCAGGUCCGUAUGGCUUUAAAAAAGGCUGAGAAAGAGUUUGAACUGAGAAGUAAUUGGUCUGUCCCUGAUGCACUGCAGAAGUGGCUCCAGUUGACGCACGAAGUGGAAGUCCAGUACUACAACAUUAAGAGGCAGAAUGCAGAAAUGCAGUUAGCCAUUGCCAAGGAGGAGGCAGAAAAGAUUAAAAAGAAGAGAAGUACUGUCUUUGGGACAUUACAUGUUGCGCACAGCUCUUCCCUUGAUGAAGUGGACCACAAGAUUCUGGAGGCAAAGAAAGCACUUUCUGAGCUAACCACCUGUUUGCGAGAGCGCCUCUACCGAUGGCAGCAGAUUGAGAAGAUCUGUGGCUUCCAGAUAGCGCACAACUCAGGGCUGCCAAGUCUGACUUCCUCCCUUUACUCUGAUCACAGCUGGGUGGUCAUGCCACGAGUCUCCAUCCCACCUUAUCCCAUUGCGGGCGGCGUGGACGACCUGGAUGAAGAUACUCCUCCAAUCGUCUCUCAGUUCCCUGGGGCCAUUGUAAAACCCGCCACCUUAGUAAGAAGCAGCAGCAUGUGUCGUUCCAGGAGAAACGUCGUGCCGUCCUCUCCACAGUCGCAGCACUUGGCACAAACCCCGCACACCCCUCUUAUUACACAAGCUACUUUGCCCUCUCCAGACCCUGACAUCCUCUCCGUGUCAAGUUGCCCUGCUGCGUACCGCACAGAAGAGGAGGAGGAGGCCAUUUAUUUCAUGGCUGACAAACAAUGGGACGUACAAGAUACAGGCUCAGAAUGUGACUCCAUAACUUCCUCUGUCGGGCGGAAGCAGUCUCCCCCUUCGAGCCUUGAAAUAUAUCAGCCCCUGUCGCCUCAAAAAAUAUCGAGGGAAGAACUCUCGCUGGAGGAGUCCUCCACCGGAGACUCUUCGUCCUUAACCGCUGACAUUUCCCGGGGUUCCCCCGACUGCGUGGGCAUGACUGAGACUAAAAGUAUGAUCUUCAGUCCAGCCAGUAAGGUCUACAACGGCAUCCUGGAGAAGUCCUGCAGCAUGAGCCAGCUCUCAAGCAGCACCCCCGUCCCCAAGCCCCGCCACACCUCCUGUUCGUCCACCAGCAGCGAAAGCAAAGCAGGCCACGAGACCGCCGCUGCCCCCCGGACAAGCAGCCUGUCACAGGACCUCUGCCAGAAUGGGGAACGAAACAAAAAGUCCUCCAAAAUCAAAAGCCUUUUCAAGAAGAAGUCCAAGUGAGGCUACGGGAAAAGGCGCUUGAGGGUGGCAUCGGUGGACUUGUUGAUGACUUAUUUUUUUUUCCUUAUUUUUUUUCUAAUUAAGAAUGUAGUCCAUCUAGGUUUUUCCAAGCCCGGAUGCCCUGGCGGUAAAACCUCUUAGGUCAAACUCCUCUUCUGUGUCUAAAUGACUAUAAAGUCAAGAUGUGCCAGCUGUUGAUGAGAAAAAAAAAAUUCAAGACGGUUUACAGUCAUUUGUCUAUUUAUUUCUGUUUUUUUUUUUAGUUUAUAUAUAAAAACUUUUUUAAAAAACAAAAAACCACUUUAACACAAGCUUUAACGGACUAGGGAGCCCAGGCCGGGUUCGCCAAAGUUUCUUUUCUUUUUUUCUUGUUUACUGAAGCGUCUUCAUAUCUUUCCACAGAGCUAUGGCAUUUGCAUACUGGACUUAAAAGAAACUCAAUGAAGUAAAAACUACUUAAAUUGCACUACUGUUUUCUUGACUGGAAAGUAUCUCUGCAAGUGGAUACUUCUGACUUGUAAGAUGACAGGAAAAAAGAUGGGUUGGUUCAAUAUUUUUAGGUCAUUUUUAUGUAAAAAACUAGCAUUUCUAACUGUCAGUUUCUGGAAUGGGAGCCUCAUUUCCUCUACAGAAUGCUUCUCUAACUGCAUUUGUUAAUGUAAAUGAUUUGGGUUCUGCUGUAAAGAUCGUAAUUAUCCAGGGUUUUCACUGUGAUUCUACUGCAUUGCACAGGCUUUUAAAAAAGAGACUCUUGCUGAGAGAAGAAGCUCCUGAUUCCAUAUGCAAGCGAUAAAAGGUUAAACUUGAUUUGAAGGACUUUUUAAAGACAUUCGCAUCCUUAAAAACUGGGAUAGGGACAACUGUGGGCACUUGUUUACAUACUUUGACAGACAAAGGAUGUUUGAUUUGUGAAUAUUUGUACUGUG